GUGCGGUAGUUAGAGACGAGGAUCCACAACGAGUAGUUUUAGAUCGCAAAGUCGAGCCACGCUCGUCCGCAGGUCGUGCAAGUUUAAAACAGGACUACAAAUGCGAGGUGUUCCAGGGUCAGACCCGACGAGGACGCAAGGGUCCCAAAGAUCAUAUCAAGAGCGAGCUCUUCGGAGAAGAUGCUCGAUCCACAGAAGUCUUUCUCUCAGCGCAAGAAGCCCUGCGACGAGGACAGGCCUUCGAAAGUUUGGCACGUCAGCCAUCAUGGGUCAGACAAAAGACUGCUGAGUAUUACGUUAAGGCUUACUUUUAUUCAUCUUAAGAGGCAUCUUUGAUCCCUUUUUCAAGGGGGAACUGCGUCAAAGAUGCUUUCCAAGAUGAAUAAAAGUAAGGUCUAAUUACGCAAGAUCCAUGUCCCCCAAGGAGAUCCACGAAUGGCACGGAGGAAAUCCCCACCACUAUUGUGAUCGCGG